ACCGAAAGCGGUGACGAGGUCGCAACUGGCGGAAGCGGCGACAAGGUCAGAUCCCCCGACGGAAGCGGCGGCGACCCGGCGACCGUACGCCGACCACCUCGCUCUCAGACCCUCCUUCCUCAUCGAGUUCGACGAGAUCAGCGCCGGCCCCAUCCAGAUGGUCCAUCAGCUUAACUCAUUUGAGCUGCCGGGCAGCCGUGUGCAAUCACAAGGAUUUCUUCACAUGGAUGUUCAUCGUGCCCGCGGCUGUGUGCAGUCACAAGGACUUGGUGCUAUUGAUGACGAUCGUGCUCGCAGUUGUGGGCAAUCACAAGGACUUGGUGAUAUUGAUGACAAUCACGGGGCUGUUGAGUAUCCUCGUGAUAUAGGUAUGACGAAGAGGGCUAAGUGGACUCAUCAAAUGAAGUUGUUUCUUAUUGACUUGCUGAAAGAGCAUGAUGUUCCUGGUUUUCGAACACAAAAUGCAUGGAGCAAAGAGGCCUGGACAAACAUUGUUAAUCGACUAAAUCAAGCAUUUUGUGUAUCAUUUAGUGUUGUUCAAGUCAAACAAAAGGAGCAAGAUAUAAAGAAGGAAUAUCGAAGUGUGAAAGAAUUGUUGGCAGAAAGUGGGUUUGGAUGGGACAAGGAUAGAAUGAUGGUAGAAGCACCAGCAAGUGUUUGGGCUAGUUUUGUUGCUCGCAAGAAUAGUAAGGAGGCCCUCCAAUGGCGAGACAAGUCGUUUCCAUACUUUAAUGAUUUGGCUUCUCUCUAUGAUGGUCGUUACGCCGAAGGAAGAUCUCGUCAUGGUAUGGAUUAUUAUGCUAACAAGGCAAAAAAUGCAUCUGCUCCAUCAUCGCACCCAACACAUUCGAAUGAUACAUAUGAAUCAUCUUCACCUCCAACAGUAGCUCUAGAUGAGCCAGGUUUGCAAUUUCCUUUGGAAGAAGAGGUUGAGGGAGCAAAUCUUGAUUCUGUCCAGCAUACAUCAACACCGAAUGAACAAAUGUAUACCCAAUCAAUACCCCCAAAAGCACCCACCGAGAAGCCUGAGAGUAGACGUAGAAAAAGACAGAAGCAAAAUCCUACAAGCUCUGCAGAUGGAUUCCAUGAAAGAUACCUUAGGCUCAAGAUGGAAGAAAUAAAUCGAUUUGCAGCCAUUGAGGAGAAGAAACUAGAGGAUCCAUUUAGCAUUCACAAGUGCAUCACAACGAUUGAAGGAUUGGAUGGUCUACAAUUGGGCGAUGUGUUGUUGGCAUCAGACAUCUUCAAAACUAGGGAAAACAGGGAGAUUUUCCUGUCUUUCUCUAGUGAUGAACGACGGUUGGCUUGGAUUAAAAGGGAGAUUGCUCGUACCAACGAAAACUAAGGAAAACAUGGAGGUUUUCCCUACCCUUCUCUAGCAAUGAACUUAGUGAAGCAGUACUCUUUUGUUUACUAGACCUCUAUAUUUUGGUAGAUUGAGAUGAUAAACUAGUCAUGUAGUAGUAUGCUUUUGUUUACUAGACCUCUGUAUUUUGUUUACUAGACCUCUGUAUUUUGGUACAAUGAGAGUACUAGAUUGGUAGAUUGAGAUGAUAAACUAGUUCUUUGUUUCAGACUCCAACCAUGUUUCUGAAAAAAGGACAUGAGAAUAUUAACUUAAUGAAGUAGAAUAUCAAUAUCAGAAGCACAUGAAUGGUAAUACAACUUGCAUAUCAUAUCUUCACUUUACAUAUACAUGUCAAGCUCUGCGUGAUACAUACUGGUUCCACAUUCCUUGUGCAAUAUGAUCUCGCAUUUGAUUUC